AUAUAUAUACUCGUAAAACACUCAAAACAGCAAUUUAAACAUCACUUGAAAAUAAUCAGAACUACGAGCAAUUUGCUGAAAUAAAAAUGUUCUCUGCCAAGUAUAUCCUUCUUUUGGUAUCGUGUGUGAUACUCGUCGCAUCAUCACCUGUGGAAUUGGAAGAAGAUGUUGAUUACAUACAUUCGAUUCCAGAAGAAUAUGGAGUGCGGCAUUUGUCACGUCAUGCACGUUCUCCUCAACAUGGAAGUGUAGACAUUGGAUACAGCAAGGAUCAACGCGGACGUGAAGCCUCUGUUCAAUAUAACCAUAACUUGUACACCAGUCGCGAUGGUCGUGGUUCCAUCGAUGCCUAUGCCCAGGGUAGCCGUAAUUUUGAUCACAAUCGCAAUAGCUUUGGCGGUGGUAUUCAAGGAAAGUGGAGGUUUUAAUUGUGUUUUGUAUUAAAGAUACUAUACGGAUUAUAGUAUGCUGUGUUAAGAUUUUAAUAAAAUUAACAAAUGAGUAAAUCCCUUAAUAAAGAUAGUGUAAGCACAUAUCUAGUAUAA